AUGAACAUUGACACAACUUCUGCCGAAUCCUCCAACCAUGAUACUCAGAAAUCAGAUAGGAAGAGCAAGGAUUUCAAGGAGAUUGCCAAAUACUUCUCUGAAGAAGACUCGGAAGAGAUGGGAGACUUUGAGAUACAGACUUUGACAAAAAGAAGCUUUGAUGUGAUGGCUAAUCUAGGUCUGAACACUUCCAACCCAUCUUUCAUGAAUACUGAUAUACGGACCCCCAAGAUGGAUGACUCUGAUGAAGAAGAGGACCUGGAAGAACCGCCUCAGAUGGCUUUCAGUGCGCAACUGAUCAAACUCUGGAAGUUUAUAUGGGACCCUCACAUUGAAAAGAUGAAGUCCAAGAAGACAUCACAAAAUGAAAAUUUUCUAAAAGCAAUGCCAGGGACAGCAGGCUUGAUGAAAAUGCCUGGCGCAGAACAGCCUAAGGAAGAGCCAACAUCCGUAGAACCCAUGAAAAAGGAGACUAACAUCUGGUCUCAUAGGCUGCAUGAAAGAAAGUAUCAUGUCGUGUAUGAAGAGAUCAGCAAAACCGAUGAAGACGACUAA